AUGGAUCGCCGCGCCAUUAGGUUCGUUUACCGAGCAUAUGAACAUGCCCGAUCCCGACUGACCCAUGUAUCAGUUCUCGGCGGCGCCAUACCCAUGGCUUUUGUCGCAUACACGUCUGCGCCGCAUGUGAGCUUCGUCCAUCUAGCCCUUCCUGCCUUUGCGCGCCGGUCCCGGGAAGCUGCCCUUAAUUAUGUGAACAACCUCCCUCCAACCGCAACCCUCUAUCUCACUACUAUGCGCUUCAACACAAUGCCCCGACAGACCUCCGUGCGCCUCGGCGAGCUCGUUGCAGAUAAGAACCCAAUACGGCCGGUUUCCUUCCGGCAUACUAACCCGGCACCACGGCCGUGGUGGAUGCACAAAGCUCCAACCCAGUUCUAUACCCCGGAUGUCAGCAGACCAGGGAGGAAAUCGUCGGCAUUUUAUCCUGAAUUUUGGCCAAGAUCUUCGCACGGAUACAGAGCCAGUCUACUGGUAGGUCACUCAGUUGAUCUAGAACCUUCCAAGCCUGUGACUUUGUUGUAUGGUCGCAAUGGAUGUAGAAUAUGUACCCUUUCCUCUUGUAUAAUCAUCAUGGUCGUGGUCUUGUGUGGCGCUAUGACCUAUACCAAAUGA